AACAGACUAACAUUGUCGAGGGUAGUAAACCCUCCAAAACCCAAGGGAAGCUGUCACCCCUCUUUGAAUGCAGAAAGCGAGGGAUCUUCUGCUCAAAAGCAUCCGCAGAAGCUUCCUCUGCCUCAGUAACACCGCUGUUCAGAUGGAUCCAUCGGAGCGAUACUGCUACAACCCCAUUUUGCGAUGGAACCCUCAGGUGGAGGAUUACUUUUUAAAAGCAUAUGGAGCUGACCAUUUCUCUCGCAUCUCUAAAGCGCUGACAUAUCCUUCUUGCUACUCUUCAAUCCGGGUGAAUCCGUUAAAGACAACAAGUGAUGCUGUAAUGGAGAAAUUAAAGGAAUUUAUAAAAGAAACUAGAAACGGUUCAUUGGAGUCCAAAAUUUCCAUUGACUCAGACGACUGUAGUAUGGUGGCAUCGGGACUGGCUGAUGAUGUAGCAAAGACCUUCGAUGAAGACUUACAAUUUGGCCCAGUCUCAAAGUGUCAAAUACCUGGAUUGGAUUAUGUCCUCUUUGUUAAGGGUUCUGGGCCACACACAAUUGAUUAUGGUUAUGCACCUGACAGACCUCCAAAGGAGGUACUUGUGAGUAGAAAAUGUGCUGAAGCAGUUCUGCGAGGUGCUCAGGUGUAUGUUCCUGGUGUGAUAGCUUGCAGUGCCCAUGUUGAGAAAGGAGAUAGAGUGGCAGUUUCAGUUGCUGUUGAGCAACCCGGUGUUGAUGGUAGAUGGGGAGUUGGCAUAACGCGUGGGACUGUUCUACAGGCACUAGAGUCAGAUCCUUAUCAUUUUGAGAGAAGUGGUUUAUAUAUUGGCCAAGGAACAACAAUGUUGUCAAGGGCUGGGAUUUUCCGUGUUCCAGGAGGAAUUGCUGUGGACAUGAAUAAUCAAGUAUUUAAGUUGCCUUCUUUUAAUGAUGUACUUGAGGGGGAAAUUUUUCUUCAAAAUCUUCCAAGCAUUGUUGCUGCUCAAGUCCUUGAUCCCCAAAAAGGUGAGCGGAUAUUAGAUAUGUGUGCUGCACCAGGAGGGAAAACAACUGCAAUCGCAAUCCUGAUGAAGGAUGAAGGAGAGGUUGUUGCAGUUGAUAGAUCUCAUAACAAGGUGCUUGAUAUUCAGAAGCGAGCUUCUGAAAUGGGCUUGAAAAGUAUAAUGACUUAUAAGCUUGAUGCUACCCAAGCUGUUUGCCGAAUAGUCCAAUCCAGUGAUAUGAGCGUUGAUCAAAGUUCUGACACACUGAGGCUGCCUGAGGAAAAUUUGUCAUCUACUGCUGGAGGAUUUAGUGCUGAUAAAAUAUACCAGCAAACUGUUAGCAAUGAAAAAGCAAAUGAGAGAGCUUACAUUAGCAGAGCUGAGAUCAGGAAGAAUAUGCGAAGAAUGAGGAAUGGGCCGGGAAGAAAUCAGUGUUUGGGCAGUAGGGUUGAGAGUGCAAAAGGUUUCCAUCCUAACAGCUUUGAUCGAGUUCUUCUUGAUGCUCCCUGUUCUGCUCUUGGUUUGAGACCUCGACUUUUUGUUGGUGAGGAAACAGUGGAAUCUUUGAGAAGCCAUGCAAAGUAUCAGAGGAGGAUGCUUGACCAGGCCGUUCAGUUAGUUCGACCUGGUGGAGUUAUUGUGUAUUCAACGUCAGUAUGCAGGCAACAUCCUUCUCAUUGUUCAAAUGCAAACUUUGAUUUAUAUUGUAUGUGUACAAUUAACCCUGGUGAAAAUGAAGGAUUGGUACGAUACGCUCUGGAUACAUACAAGUUCCUCUCAUUAGCAGAGCAGCACCCAAAAGUUGGAGGCCCUGGCAUUGUUGGUCGUUGUGAAUUGCCGGAUGGAUAUGUUGAGGAAUGGUUGAGACCUGGAGAGGAAGAACUUGUUCAGAGGUUUGACCCAUCAUCUCCCCUCGACACUAUUGGAUUUUUCAUAGCCAAAUUUUUUGUUGGAUCUAAAGAUGCUUGACUUGGGGAAAACAUGCAACUGACCAAGAGCAGACCAGUUUGCUAAGUCCACUAGAUGAUAUCCUAUCUAUGCUCAGACUUCUGUGGCCUUGUACCAUUAUGCCUUCUGUAAAUACAUUUUUUACUGUCUUUUUGCCCUAUUAGAAGGCUCAGAAUUAGCAGUGUUGGACUUCAUUUCAAAAAUUUAUGCUGGCCUGUUACUUGUUAACAAGAUUUUCAAGCUUAUUUGUAUCAUAAUGUAUUCGUAACUUUCAACUUGA